AUGUCGUCGAUCACCCUACGUCGCCUGGCUGCAACUUGUCGACCAAUAUACAACCGACGGACUUUUACUACCAGUUCACCUCUCUUUGAUGAUUCCGAUAACAAAACAAACAGCACAGCUAAUGCAACAGAUGCCAUACGAACAGUAACUCUCAUUCCAGGCGAUGGCAUUGGUCCAGAAAUUUCCAACAGUGUGCAAAAAAUCUUUGAAGCUGCUAACGUUCCAUUGAAAUGGGAAUCCGUUGAUGUAACACCGGUGAAAUCGCCGGAUGGCAAAUUCCGCAUUCCUCUUCGAGCCAUAGAAUCUGUAACAAAACAUCGAAUUGGUCUCAAAGGACCAUUGGCAACACCUGUCGGUAAAGGUCAUCAAUCGCUUAAUUUAGCUCUUCGUAAACAAUUCAAUCUAUUUGCCAACGUUCGUCCAUGCAAAUCGAUCGAAGGAUAUAAAACACCAUAUACGAAUGUUGAUAUCGUUACCAUUCGGGAGAAUACAGAAGGUGAAUAUUCAGGUAUUGAACAUACAAUCGUUCCCGGUGUCGUUCAAAGUAUUAAAUUAAUUACGGAACAUGCUUCGUUGCGUGUUUGUGAAUAUGCAUUCCUCUACGCUAAGCAAAAUAAACGAGAAAAAGUAACAGUUGUUCAUAAAGCAAAUAUUAUGCGACUAUCUGAUGGUUUGUUUCUAAAAAGUGCGCGUGAAGUAGCUGAAAAAUAUCCCGAAGUCAAGUUCGAAGAAAUGUACCUCGAUACAGUUUGUCUGAAGAUGGUUCAAGAUCCAACACAAUUCGACUGUCUUGUCAUGCCAAAUUUGUAUGGUGACAUUCUCAGCGAUCUUUGUGCUGGCUUAAUUGGUGGCUUAGGUUUGACACCUAGUGGUAAUAUUGGCGAGAAUGGUGCUGCGAUUUUUGAAGCUGUCCAUGGUACUGCACCGGAUAUUGCUGGUCAAGAUAAAGCCAAUCCAACUGCUUUACUUCUAAGUGCCGUAAUGAUGUUGAGACAUUUGCAUAUGCCUGACAAAGCCGAUCGAAUCGAAAAAGCGUGUUUCGAUACAAUUAGAGAAGGAAAGACCCUUACUGGUGAUCUGGGCGGUAAAUCGAAAUGUUCAGAGUACACAGCUGAAAUCUGCAAACGUAUCAAAGAUUCACAAUGA